GGUAUUCAUUUCAUUUCGACGGAACGCACAACGACACAAUUGGCUACAGUACCCACGGAAAUGGAAGAAACAACUUAUAGCUGGAAUAUACGACCUGUUUCACCGGACAAUAAUGAUUCGCACCCUCCUCGCAAAGCGGUAUGGUGUAAUGCAUGGCGUAAUGGUAUGGCGUGGUACGUGCUGUGCGAGAAGAAUAUUGUGGAUCUUCAAAUAUCGCGAACAAUCACUCUUUGGCAGCUUGAUGUACUGGAUUGUCGUUGGAGGAAGUGA